GCGAAGUAGUCAGAGGACGUGGCCGCGGGGCUUGCUGGGACUUGAGGUUAGACGUCCCGGCCGUCGGUUGCCGCCUACAGCGUCUGCCGUCGCGUCGCAGUUACUAAGGCGUGGGGAAGAUAGCGGCAGGCACCACAGUGGAGCGGCUCCGAGAUCCCCGGGAGGCUCGCAGACGCGCAUCCCUCCUGACUGGGACGUCGCCUCCGCAGACCUCUCGGAGGCUGAAGCGACGCCGGAGGCAGGCAAAGAAACAAGUGGAGAAACAACAAAAAAAGGAAGUUAAGGGGCCAUUCCCAAAGUCAAAGAUCAAGGAAAUGGCCUCCUCAGGAAUCUACAAGCUGGAUGAUGGGAAGCCUUACCUGAACAACUGCUUUCCAGCCAGAAAUCUGCUUCGCAUGCCGGAGGAAGGCCAAGGACACUGGUUAGUGGUUCAGAAAGGUAACCUCAAGAAGAAGCCCAAGGGUUUGGUUGGAGCACAAGCUGAACGUCGGGAAAGCCUGAAGGUGACUUCUUUUGAGUUCAAGGGGAAGAAAGGGUCUCGGCGGGAAAAUCAGGUGGACCUUCCUGGACGUAUCCUGGACCAGGCUUUUCUGCUGAAGCACCACUGUGUGAGGAAGCCAUCAGAUCUGUGCACCAUUAAUGUGAGUGGCCUGAAGUUCUCCAAGGCUAAGGAAAAUGACUUCAAGCAUUUUCAUUCUGUGAUUUAUAUCAAUGCCUCAGAAAACCUGCUGCCUCUAGAGGCAUUUCACACGUUUCCAGCCCUAAAGGAACUGGAUCUCGCAUUUAAUGGCAUCAAAACUAUCUACGUGAAAUAUGGAGACUUUAAGUUAUUGGAAUUCUUGGACCUUUCCUUCAACAGCCUGACUGUGGAGGCCAUCUGUGAUUUGGGGAUUCUGCCACACCUCCGUGUCCUGCUCCUCACAGGCAAUGGCCUCACCUCCCUGCCGCCCAAUUUGGCCAUUGCAGAGCAGGAGGCAUCUGUAACAUCGCUGACAAGCAAGAGGUACAUCCUGAGGUUCCCAGCGCUGGAGACACUGAUGCUGGAUGACAACAGACUCUCCAAUCCCAGUUGCUUUGCCAGCCUGGCUGGGCUCAGGAGACUGAAGAAGUUAAGCCUGGACGAAAACAGGAUUAUCAGGAUCCCAUACCUGCAGCAAGUUCAGCUCUAUGACGAGUCAGUGGACUGGAAUGGAGGCAGGGGAAGUCCCCAAAAAGAGCCCCAAUUCAUGCUGCAGUCCAAGCCAAGGAUGCCUGAGGACUCAGAUGAGCAACUGGAUUAUACUGUACUGCCCAUAAAAAAGGAUGUUGACCGGACAGAGGUUGUGUUUUCAUCUUACCCUGGAUUUUCAACCUCAGAGACAACCAAGAUAUGUUCACUUCCUCCCAUAUUCGAGAUCCUUCCUGUGAAGUCACUGAAGGCCAGGAACCAGACGCUGGCCCCACCCUUCCCAGAGCUGAGAUACCUUAGCCUGGCCUACAACAAGAUCGCAAAAGAGGAUGCUGUCCUACCAGUAGCUCUCUUCCCAUCUCUCUGCGAGUUCGUCUUUCAUAACAACCCUCUGGUGGCCCAUACACGAGGGGUCCCUCCACUGCUGAAGAGCUUCCUCCAGGAGCGACUGGGAAUCCACUUAAUUCGAAGGAAGAUAGUAAAACCUAAGUAUCAUGUUUUGAUGUCUCGGAAGGAAUCACGGAAGGUGAAAACCGAAAUCCCAAAGGUGCCAAAGCAGCCUCUGGUGCUCCAUCACCCACGCGUGACUACAGUUAAGUCUCCCUCAAAGGAUAUGCUAGAGGCAGAGCUGGCUGAAGAUCUGCCCACUACCAAAAGCACUUCUGUGGAGUCAGAGAUGCCCACUGAGAGCCUGGAAGGCCUUUCCCUGUCUCGGCGGAUCUUCGUGCCACUGCCUCCCAUCUGCUCCGACUCCACUGUGCAUAGUGUAGAGACCCUGUCCCACCUGAGUGACACAGCUGUCCACCUCAGCCCAGAGCGCCCAUCAGAUGAGGACUCCAAGAGCACAGAGUCCAUCUUCCUGACCCAGGUGAGUGAACUGCCUUCCUCUGCCAUCCAUAAGGAUGAUUUAGAGUUGAAGGAGAAAGACCAAAAGAAACCACCAGCGGCACCCAGAGAGGUGAAAGGGACUCGGAGGAAGCUCCCAACUGCCUCCCUUCCCAGCAAGUACCACGGCUAUGAAGAACUGCUGACAGCCAAGCCUGAUCCAGCCUUCAUUGAGCCAAAGGGAAUCCAGAAGAAUGCACAAGCCCUGCAAGAAAUGCUGAAGCACCCACUCCUGUGCCACUCCUCCAAGCCCAAGCUGGACACUCUUCAGAAACCCUAUGUUCCCAAAAAACGGGUGCUGUCCUGCACCGGUGGACAGAACGGCGGCUGGUGAAUCACAAGCAGUACCUGGAGGCCAAGAGGCUGUUGAAGGAGUUCCAGGCACGUUACCGGCAGCUGGUGAGUGGCUCUCUGCGGACAGUGUUCAGGACUACCCCGCUCCCCCCGGCCUGCCCAGCGCUGAGUGAGAGCCAGCCCAAAUUUGGCCGCUUCCUCGAGUUCAUGGAUGAGUUCUGCCAGGAGCCCACAGCCAGUGACUCACAAGGCUAGGGCUGUGCAUGGAGGCUGUGUGCACCACCCGGCCUGUGCCCCAGCUCUCCCCGAGGGCUCUGUGCCCUGGACCGCACCUCAAGGUUGACCAGCCGGCCACAGGCCUCAGAGCUCAGCUGGGCCCCACUCGCUGGCCACAAGGUGGCAUCCCCUUGUCAAGAUCUCCCCUCCUUGGCCCAGGCAUGACCUGGUGCCUGGCCCAGCGGCAAUAAAGAGUGGGUGCACAGGGCAAUAGACCGGGUACCAUAUGCAUUCUUUCUUGGAACCCAGGCCACAGCAGCAUUGUCAUACCUCCCUCUAAAAAUGGUUUUCCAGUUCAGAUGCAACAGGGAUACAUUUGUUCUCUGUUGUAUGAGAAACUGACACCAAGGGGAUCUUACCAAAUUCCUGAACAAUGGUUCCAAAAAGGGUAUUUUUAAAAACCAGAUCUUGUGAGUACAGCGCUAAUGUGCAGGGACAGUGUCAUCCUGUAUAUUCAUUCUUUACUCAGACUCUUUCUUGGUUCCUUCAUUAGGAGCAUGAAUGGUUGAACGUGAACAUGAUAGUAAAUUGGAGCAAACUGUAAACUGGAGAUAACUUAUGCCAAAAGACAUGGUUAUACACCAUGGAAACCCCAUCCCUGCUCCUAAUCUCUACUGCCAUUCAGAAUGCCAAAGCAAGACAUCCAACAUGGGGCAUCUCCCAGAGCACAUACAGCACCAAAAAUCCACACACAGCCUAAGCUUAACCCAUGUUUUUGUCUGAGAUUGUUCUCCAGAGACAAGACUCUGACUAGAAACAGAACAUCGACUUUCAUGAGUUUCCUUUACUGUAUUCUCAACUUGGGCCUCGCCUUAAGCAGGCAAACAUACAUUGAAGAAUGCACUUUGGUACUGUUUAAAUAACACAUCAGCCCACUUGAUUCCAUGCCAUGUCCUUGCUGACAGAAGCAUCCCCAACAGGGCAUGCCCUGGUCCAAGUCCUCUGUCUUUGUCAAAAUGCUCUUCUGAUGAGUUGGAGAGGAGGCAGCCAGCAGUGGCAGUCCACAAGGAUCCAGGUACCUUCUCCAAUCCUAAAGCAGACAGCAGGUUGAAUAAAACCAAUACACAACCUAUUUUCUAGGCAGGAGGGGAAAAGGCCCUUUGGACAAUAUUUGUACAAAGAGUUGAGAGUAAACAGUAUAUCAGGCUCAAAAAAAAAAAAAA